UUAGGUUAUAUUAAAAUGGCUGGAUACAACAAUAAAUAUGGGGUUUAUAAAGGUACAGAGAAUCCGGUUGUUAAACAUGAAAAAUACCUUAUUGCCAUGGAAAAGCAGAACAAGUUUUUACGAAAGAUUAACAUGAAAGACAAAAUGCAGGAAAAACGCGAAAAACUUGAAGCAGGUUUUUCACUUUAUGUUAAUGGAGCAAAUGCAGUUUCUACUGGGACAAAACAGCAAGCUAUGAAGACGCCAAGGACUUUUCGUGCCAAAACUGCCGAACCAGAUGCCCUUGCAUCUCCACCACCUAUGGAGGAUAUUAUAGGGAAAGAAUAUACACGCUCGAAUACUGCUCCAGAAAAGCGGAGGAAAUUCUGGGGACAACGAUCUGUUCAUAUUUUAGAUGAGACCGGGACCAAGUUGGAGCUAGAAAGAUAUGACCAGGAUUAUUCGGAGGACUUUGAAGAUGUAGAUGCUUCUGUAGCAUUUGAAUUAAACUCUCUGAGGUCAUUAGAUGACAGUAUAAAAGAGGAGAUCGGAGAUCAAAAUGCGACUGACCAAAAUCUUGAGGUUGCUAAGUUUAAUGAUAGCAUUUCUUCUGCUGAGGUUAUUGCAGAAGAGAUUAUAAACAUGAGUUUCGAUGGAGCGAAUGAUAACAUCUCUGUUCUUGGGGAAGCAAAGGCUUGCCCUGAUAAAAAUCCGUUAAAUGAAACGUUUUUAGUAGAAAAACCAACUUUGGAAGAUAAAAUAAAUAAAAACAAGCCUGAAAAAUUGGGUGUUGAAAGAAAUUGUUCUCCUGUUGUUCAGUUAGAAAAGAAGUAUUUAAAAGUUGAAGAUAAGACUAGAACGAAAACACCUAAACCUGAAGAUGCAAAGCAUUCAUCUCCAAAACGGUCACAAAUUUCAAGCCGUGGUGAAAAAGCAAAGAGAAAUUGGCUCGAAGAAAGCUGGAAUAGUCUUGAUAGGUUCAAUCAUUCACAUCUCGGCAGGAUACAAAACAUGGGGAAAGAGUUGGAAGAAAUUUUGGAAAGUAUGUCCAUUGAGCAAGAGGAAGAUGUAGAAAAUACCAACACUGAAGACUUUGACUCCAAUGAUGAUGGUUUUGAAAUCCCUCUCUUGCCAGGUGGUAAAGAACUUGUCAUUAAUAUCCACUCAACAUGGGGCGACAAGCAUUAUGUAGGGCUUAAUGGCAUUGAGGUUUUUUCCAAGGAUGGUAAUUUAGCAAAGGUGUCAAAAAUCUCUGCAGAACCACCGGAUAUUAAUAUUUUGCCUGGUUAUCACAACGACCCGCGUACUUUUACUAACCUUGUAAAUGGAGUCAAUCAAACUUGCGAUGAUAUUAAUAUGUGGUUAGCACCCUACACUGCAGGUGCGUCUCAUCUUGUUCGUCUCACAUUUCCCGAGUUUACCCAAAUCGCUGCAAUACGUAUCUGGAAUUAUAACAAAUCUCGUAUACACAGCCACAGAGGGGCAAGAGAUAUUACCAUUGCUUUGGAUGAUAGCGUUAUCUUCUGUGGAGAAAUCAAGAAAGCAUCUGGAGUGGCUACUGGAGGAAUGGAUAGUUUUGGAGACAACAUCCUUUUUACAGUUGACGAUAAUAUUCUGGAAAAAAUCGCAGAGAAUGAUUCAUCUUUUCCGGACGAUGCUCAUAUGCUCCAAGUUGGAGACUUUUCGCGGCAAGUUACGAAAAGACCAACGACUGGAGACAAAGUGGUUGAUGUGAAAAGGGAUCGUCCAUUUACCUCUACAGUUAGGCAGAGUGUCAAUUCUGUGGUGUUGGAUAGAACUGGGACGUACUGCGCAAAAUGCUUGAAGCUUCGUAUAUUGUCCAACUGGGGUGGCGGCUUUGUUGGUCUGGUUGGGAUACAGGUCCUUGGGGAAGAGAAUGAAUUAAUUCCUCUUGAUCUGCACUCGAUACAGCUAGUAGCAUGUGCAUAUUUGGGGUCUGGAGAUACCUGUAGUGUUAAUCGAAUUUUAAAUGGAACCAAUAUCACUAUGGAUGAAAUGCAUAUGUGGAGGAUUCCAUAUAAUGGCCAACCAUGUGUUAUUUCCAUCAAUUUCGUUCAAGCUGUUCAAAUCACUGGGUUUAGGGUGUGGAACUAUAAUGCUAGUUUCGAAGAUACGUACUCAGGCAUCAAAGAAGUGAUGGUGGAGCUUGAUGGGCAAGCUUUUACUAGAAACUCGUUUGUUUUACGAAGAGCACCCGGUCAUGUACAUUAUGACUUUGCCCAGGACGUUCUAUUCGAAACAGAGAAACCGAAAACGAACACAAAACCUUCUGUGAAACAAGAUCAAAAACAAACUGGUCCCUCCAGAUCCCGCAGCGAUUCAUACGAGACACCAAAUGCACCAACUGGAUUUGUUUAUAAAUUUGAGCUUCUGGACACAUGGGGCGAUUUAUACUACGUUGGGUUAAAUGGUAUUGAGCUGUACGAUGAACAUGGUCAACUAAUAAAACUGACGGAAAAUGAAAUCGCUGCCUUCCCUUCUAGUGUAAAUAUCCUCGAUCAAACGUUAGACGACGUACGGACACCUGAUAAGUUGAUCAAUGGAGUCAAUGAUACAAUGGACGGCAGAAACAUGUGGCUAUCCCCUGUCCUUCCCAACCAAGUUAACUUUAUUUACAUUGUUUUUGAUUUCCCGGUCACUGUUUCCAAAAUCAAGAUCUGGAACUACUCCAAAACUGCUUCAAGAGGUGUAAAGACGAUUGCUAUCCUCGUGGAUGACCUUUUAAUCUAUAGCGGAUUCCUCCAACCUUGCAACCCACGUGCCAAACACAUACAACCCCACACUGUACAGUUUAACGACCACGAAGCUACAGAAACUUCAACCCAGGCUCCAGAUCUUCACCAAGACAUUCAGUUCACAAACAACAACCGAGUGAUUUCAGCAAAACAUCGUAAAGCCGUCGACCAGGACUUGAGGCCAAUGACAGCAAUGCGGCCAAGUCAAAAAAUCUUUAAAGCGAGAUUUUAACAGAUGUUUUUUGGAAUUAAAUUUGAUAGAAAAUUAUUUAUAAAUUUGCAAUUAAAGUUUUUGUCCGAGUAUCCAUAUUUUGGUGCAAGUGGUGUUGUUUUUCUCAAAUUUUAUAUUUAUUUCAUUGUUUUUUGUAACUUACUGAUUAAAGGCCCAAAAUUGCAAUUGUUAAUUUGCAAGAAAUAAUUAUUGUUUACUGUUACUAACUUACUAUGUGUAAUGGUACUGAAACAACCUAACUCUAAUGCAUUUGACCAAUGCCACAAUAUUAAAAUGUGUCACAGGUGUAAAUGUUUAGGUGCAUUGGGUUAAUGUUAAUUAAACAAUAAUAUAUGACUUAUCAAACAAUGUCAAUUUGGUAUGUUAAUCUUUAACUUAACUUAUACUCUACUUCAUAUGGAUUCCAUAAUAUGACUGUGAUAUUUAAGUUCAUAUUUUUUCUCUUCUGUAAAAUUGAGGUGCAUGCAUUUAAAUAAGCACACGUUAUAUAGUAGGAUUGGGGAAGAUGGGAUACCGGUUCAUUCUAUUUUCUCACCCCAUUUGGUCCUAAACAAAAAAAUUCAAAGAUUUAUAAAACCGUAUCCUCAAAACUCCCAAAGAUCGUUGUUAAUUGUUUAAAACACAAUCAAGAUAUUUGAACAUUAUGUGCUAACUAAAGGUGUCCCAUCUUCCCCCACCCUUCUAUAUUAUACUUUUCAAUUUUGUCCAAUUCAUAUUUUUUUAAUUGCACUUUCAACUCUGUAUGUAUGGUUUAUAAUUAUAACUUUUUGUAAUUUGAACUCAGCGGUGCAGCCAGAACACUGUUCUUUUGGUAUUCAGGCUUAUUGUUUUCAAGUCUAUUAUUUCCAUGCAUAAUUAAUAUAUACAAUACUGGACCUACCGAUAAAAGGGUCAACGUGCUACUGUGCAAAAUGCAAACUUUAUUAAAUUUACCAUUAAACUAGUACAGCAACAAAAAGUUUAUUUUUCUACUGUCUUCACAUUCUGUGACAUGAGCUCUUUAACAGCGAGAUAUAAAAUCUCCUUUUUUGUUGCAAACCGAAAUAUUUUUGGCAACUUUUUAAGUUAUUGUACUGUAUUAUUUUUAG